UCUUUGGCAAUUCAGUUGCAAAGGAAUUUUAUUACAAUUUCGUUACCGGUAUCAAAGCAUUGUUUAAGAUAUAUUCACGCACUUUGAUUUUUCAAGGCGAUUCAAUAAAACAGUUAUUUUAAAGCACACUAAAUUUUACAAAAUAAUAACAAAAUGUUUUGGGGAUUAAAUUUAAAACCUAACCGUAAAUAUACUCAAAAAACCAGCAAACCGUUUCACAUAUCCUUGGCGGCGUUGGAUACGGAUUCCUCGUCAGAUGAAGGCGCUAACCAAAUUUUUAUUAACCAUGAUAAUCAAAAAUUUUUAAUUUGCACAUUGCGCAAAGGCAACUGCGAGCAAGUUAUGCUAGACCUGAAUUUCGGUGAAGGAGAUGAAAUUUGUUUCCAAAGCAUUGGUAACGGAAAUGUUAGUCUUACUGGCUACCUAAUUGAUAAAUUUAACUUUAUGGAUGAUGAAGAUGAUGAUGAUGAGGAAGAAGAAGAGGAAGAAAACGAUAUACAAGAUCUUCGCCAGGCUUUAAUGAAAAAGGCCAACGCCAAAAAGGGUAAGAAAGCAGCGGUUCAAGAGGAAGAUGAUGAUGAUGAAGAUGAAGAGGACAGUGAUUUUAAUGGGGAAGGUUUAGAUGAAGUCGAGGAGGAUGAUGACGAUGAGGAUGAGGAAGAUGACGAAGACGAUGAUGAAGAUGAUGAUGAUGACGAUGAUGAAGAGGGUGAGGAAGAUGAAGAAAGCGAGGAUGAAGAAGUCCAGCAGCCAAAAGCUAAACAGCCAAAAUUGGAUAAACCUCAAAAGCAACAAAAUGGUGUCGCAAAAGAAAACCAAGCUGCUGCAGAUAAGAAAGGCAAGAAGGAUAAAAAGGCAAACAAAACUGAGCAACAGAAACAACCACAGCAAAAAGCUGGUGGUGAACGCGUAAUAACUGGUGGUGUAAAAAUUGAAGAUAUUCGUGUUGGCAAUGGUCCAGAAGCUAAGUCUGGCAAACGUGCUCAAGUGUAUUACGAAGGCAGACUUAAAUCUAACAAUAAGGUAUUCGACAGCUUGAAGACAGGCGCUGGUUUCAAAUUUGGUCUUGGUCGUGGUGAAGUCAUUAAGGGUUGGGAUGUUGGAGUCGCUGGAAUGAAAGUGGGCGGUAAACGUCGCAUCACUUGUCCACCACAUAUGGCAUACGGCGCACGUGGUUCACCACCAACAAUUCCGCCAAACAGCACGCUUGUCUUCGAAGUAGAAUUGAAGGGCGUGAAUUAGAAAUACAUCUUUUCCUUUAAUUGUUUAUUUACUUAGCAUUUAUAUAUGUAUUUGCGGUAGUUCGCAUUUACGUUUUUUUUUUUUAUAUGUUCGUCUUUUUUGAGUUUCAAAUAAGUUAAAACAAGUUGUUUCCUUAAUUAUCCCAAUUAUUAUUAUUCCUUUGCAUAAAUGUGAAAAUGUGCAAAAAGGCAACGUAGAACUAUCCUCUUAUAUGAGCAACACUCCUUGUGAAUGAUUAAAAAAUAAAUACAUUCGAAGUACUGUUUUGUAAAA